UAAUUGCUUUCCUUUCCUUUGGGACCUGUGUGAGAGUACUUGGAGCAGUGACUGCCAUCUGGUGGCAAGCCAGAAUCAUCACUUUGUGUAACCUAAUGGUUACUAAGAGGCCCACUCUUGACUCACGUGGUGUGCACUGGCAGCAGGGCACAAGGAGAGCCUGGAAGGUGUCUGAUGAAGGAGCCUGGUGAAAUAAGCCUUCACUUCCACCUGAACGGGUCGUUCAUCCCAGAUUCUGAGGCAGGAGCCGGCUCCAAAAUGGCACCUCUGAAGAAAAGAUUUGAAUUACUCUUAUGUUUUCGUCAAAGAUGUGCUGGGUAACCAAGACUGUGAAUCAGCACACACCAAGAGGGGCAUGUGAUGACAUGGAGCCUGAAAUAAACUGCUCUGAAUUGUGUGACAGUUUUUCUGGCCAGGAGCUGGAUCGGACACCCCUUCAUGAUCUCUGCAGGACAACAAUUACCUCUUCCCACCACAGCAGGAGGACCAUUUCUUCAUUAUCUCCUGUCCUCCUGGGUAUUGUUUGGACUUUUCUCAGCUGUGGACUUCUUCUGAUAGUCUUCUUGCUUGGCUUCACAAUUCGCUGCAGGAAGAACAGGAUUGUGAAGAUGUCCAGUCCCAAUCUGAACAUCGUGACCUUACUGGGCAGUUGUCUGACUUACAGUAGUGCUUACCUCUUUGGGAUUCAAGAUAAAAAUGCUUUAGUGGGAAGCUCAAUGGAAACUCUGAUCCAGAUAAGACUGUCCAUGCUGUGCAUUGGGACCUCCCUUGUGUUUGGGCCCAUUCUGGGAAAGAGCUGGCGACUCUACAAGGUGUUUACCCAGAGGGUCCCGGACAAGAGAGUGAUAAUCAAAGACCUGCAGCUACUGGGGUUGGUGGCCGCCCUGGUGAUAGCUGAUGUGAUCCUGCUGAUAACAUGGGUACUGACUGAUCCCAUCCAGUGCCUCCAGAUUCUUGGUGUCAGUAUGACGGUGACAGGGAGAGAUGUGUCCUGCUCUCUGACCAGCACACACUUCUGUGCUUCCCGGUACUCAGAUGUCUGGAUUACUCUCAUUUUGGGAUGCAAGGGCCUGCUGCUGCUGUAUGGUGCCUACCUGGCUGGCCUGACGGACCACGUCAGCUCUCCUCCAGUGAAUCAGUCUUUAACCAUCAUGGUUGGGGUCAACCUCGUGGUGCUGCCUGCUGGGCUUCUUUUUGUGGUCACCAGAUACUUGCACUCCUGGCCCAACCUGGUCUUUGGACUCACGUCUGGAGGCAUCUUUGUUUGCACAACCACCAUCAACUGCUUCAUCUUCGUUCCCCAGCUGAAGCAAUGGAAGGCAUUUGAAGAGGAAAACCAAACAAUCAGACGCAUGGCCAAAUACUUCAGCACUCCCAGCAGAAGCUUCCAUACCCAGUAUAGUGUGGAACAGAAUUGCCAUGCGAGGGGAGAGAAAAGCUCCAUGGAAAGACUCCUCACAGAAAAAAAUGCUAUGAUUGAAAGCCUGCAGGAACAAGUCAACAACGCCAAAGAGAAGCUGGUGAGGCUGGUGUCAGCGGAGUGCGCCCCUGAGCCACGCGGGUGGGCCGUCCCACCUGCCCCUUCCCACAGCAGGGACGUCCUGGCUGCAGCCUCUGCCCGCGGCCUGGCGGCUCAAGGGCCUUCGGAAUGCCUCGCAGACUCUCAGAAUGAUACCAGCGCGGCCGCCCAGGACUCCCAGAGCACCUCAGUGCCCUCCUCGAGUGUGCCGAGCCUGGAGAGGCAUGUGAAGGAGGCCAGCCCCUCCCCGGGGCAGGAGGAGAACAUUUCUUACUUGAAAGACUUUUCUGAUCAUUUAGAUUCGGGCUGCAGCCAGAAGCCACGGGCUGGGCAAAGCCGGGGUGCAGAAAGAAGAGACCAGGUACCCACGGCCCCCCACUGGAGUCUUCCACCGGCUGGAGAAGGCCCUGUUCCCCAGAGGCAGGGGCAGCUUCAGAACUCAGAGGAGCGCCAAGAGCGGCUGUCAAGAGUCAAUUCAGUGAUCAGGGAGAAGCUUCAGGAAGUCCUACAAGAUCUGGGCCUAGGCGCUGAGGCUCCCCUCCCCUCUUCCCCAUCUUGCCCCCAGCAGGCCUGGAAGGGCAGUGCUGCCCCCAGCCCCAGGAAGAUGCCCCUCUCCAGGGAGCUGGGCUUCAGCCCAUACAUGGUGAGGAGAAGGCGAGCAGCGCAGCGGGCUCGCUCACUCUUCCCGGGCUCUGCACCCUCAUAUGUGGGGCAUCGGGCAAAUAGGACUGUUUCCAGGGCACACAGUGGGCUAAAGGAGCAGAACGGGUCCAGCCCCUGUCUGGACCCCCAAACUGCUGAUUCCAGGGUACCAAGACCCUCUUCUGGGAAGCCUUUACUCCUCCCAGAUCCUCAAGGCAAGCUGUGCACCCUGGAGGGCAGCAAACAAAGCCACACAGAGCCCCAGGGGGCCGGAGGGAGCCCUGUAGCGUUUCCACACCAGCCUUCUGGUUCUGGCCGGGCACAGUGUCCCGCUGCCCCACACCUAUCCAGAGCCUUACCAGACCUGCCUGAACAGCAGCAGGUGCAGCCUCCGGGGUCCCCAGGCUGUCUCUCCCUGUCUUCUCCAUGCAACUACCUUGACACCGAGUCCAGCAGCUCAGACGAGUUCUUUUGCCGCUGCCACCGGCCCUACUGUGAAAUCUGCUUCCAGAGUUCCUCUGACUCCAGUGACACUGGCUCAUCAGACACCGACCUUGAGCCUGCUGGGGGGCUGGCUUCCUGGGAAAAGCUGUGGGCCCGCUCGAAGCCUAUUGUAAACUUCAAAGAUGACUUGAAACCCACACUGGUGUGAGAAGCAGCAGAGCAGGUCUGGAUAUAGAGGUCAGUCCAGGACAGGCCGUACCAAGGCCUCCAGGAGGAAGGCC